UGCCAUUUGUUAUUUGCUUUCCAUUAAAAUGGCGCUGCUAUUCUCUCCUAACCAUAUAAACUGCCAAAAUCCCCAAUCUUCAAAAACCCCUAACUUCAAAUUCAAUCAACUCCCGUUGCAGUUUCAGCGCAACUCUUCAUCUUUCACCGACGGCCUGAAAGGACGGCGCUGUGUACGCGCUUUCAGCGGUUCAGGAGAAGAUUCUUCUCGGAGCGGUGUGGAGGAGGAAGAAGUUAAAGAUAUAGGCGUCAAAGCAGCUCUGUCGAUGUUAAAGUUCUACAAGAGGGAAAUUUCGCCGUUGAUGCCAAAUAGUUGCCGUUAUGUCCCAACGUGUAGUGAAUACUCGAUGAUUGCUUACAAAAAGUAUGGAGUUGGGAAGGGGACUAUAUUGACUGCUUGGCGUCUCUGCCGCUGCAAUCCGCUUGGAGGAUCUGGUUUCGAUCCACCGCGAUGGUUUGGGGAGACCACUCCCCCACAAGAAUGACGACUUCAACAUUGAAAUGGCAAUGCUGCAUGAAUAUGAUAUCUUAAUUCUCUUGUGAAAACAAGAGAAAAAUGGAUCAGUAACAUGAACAAGCUUUUGUGAUAGAAAGAAACCACAAGUCUGUUAAUUUAACGCUUUAUUAGUUGAGAAAUGUGGACAUUUGUGUAUGUAGGGAUUUGAGUAACUUCUAUGUGGAGAAAUGCAAACUAGUCCACGGAAAUGAGUGUUUGUAAUUUUUGGCCA